AUUUAACCAAUCCGAAGAAAAAAGACGAAUCACUCCAGUUUAACUUUGCUUGAUUAAUCAUUCCAAUCUAAUUUCACUCUCAAUCUCUAGUCUGAUACGGGUUUUAGUUUUUAUUUGACUGAUUAAAUUUGACUUUAAUCUCCAAUUCGCAGUCCUCGACAGUUUGAUACGAGCUUAAGGUUCGCAGGACCGUGCAAAAGAUUUUCGGGGCCUCGGUGCGAAGAUGUGGAUCGAAAAUCCAUAUUUGUUUAUGAAUUUGGCGAAUUAUGUACUGGUCGAUUUAAUAAAUAAUUGAGACAGAUAUUAAAAUACUAAGAUCUUAAAAGAAUAAUUAAUAUUUUUCAGAUUUAAUGAUUAAUGUCUUUUUUCGCAAACCAGAGCGACGUAUGUUUUGUCUGCUAGAUUCUUUCAUUUUGUAAAAAAACCGUGUCAAAUGAGCAUAUUUAUAAUUAUAUUAUUUGUUCAGUAACCCGUAGUUAUGUAAUGACUAAUAUUAACACACAACAAUAGAUAUUUGUUAAAUUAUAAGCUUUAUUAAGCUAUUUUUACUUCUGUACAUUUCAAACAAUUGUCUACGUCUACGAUCUGUACAGUGAACAGGUUGUCUCAUGGAAGACCUUUUAGACGCGGGGUCUCACAGCAAGAGGGGUAUGUUGGCAGGUUUGUUAUUAUAAACAAAUAUCGAUAUUUCGAUCAUUGUCAAAAAUAUGAUGGAGUACAUCGUCGAAAAUCCUACCGAUGAACUGUCGGAGCUGGAGAAGAAACAGAGGAUGAUCGACAGAGCACCUUUUGAUGGACUGAGAAUUAAAGAUACCAGUACUCUGGAGCUGGUCCAGUUUAGAAGUACAUGUGACUUGUGUCACAAAUCGCGGAAAUUUUUCUGCUACACCUGCUACCACCCUGUCAUCCCAAGCUUAUAUUUUCCACGAGUGAAGCUACCAAUUAAAAUCGACAUUAUUAAACAUCCCCGUGAGAUAGAUGGUAAAAGCACGGCUGUCCAUGCAGCAAUACUUGCACCAACAGAUGUAAAGAUUUACACAUAUCCGGAUUUUCCAGAGAUAUUAAAUAAAGAAGAAGUAAGAAGAAAAACUAUAUUAGUUUUUCCUUGCAAAGAUAAUACAAAGAAUAUAAGUGUUGAGGAUCUUUUUUCAAGAAAAGUGGAAAAAUGUGGUGCCUCAGUGGAAACACCUGAGACUGUAUUUCCUAUAAGAAGGGCAAUUUUUAUUGAUAGUACAUGGCAACAAACCAGAUCGAUAUAUAAGGACCAAAGACUGAGAGAAUUACGCUGUGUCGUAUUAAAGUCGAGGAUUUCUCAAUUCUGGCGUCAUCAAAAAAAAAGUCCAAGAUGGUAUUUGGCGACAAUUGAAGCAAUUCAUCAGUUUCUAGUGGAAUUACACACAUGUGCUCUUGGAGUGGAUGAAGAUUAUAAUAAAUGUGAUGCUUUGGUAACAAGUUACUUAGAUAGAAAUAUAAUUAAUAGUGAUAAUAUAGAGAUAAUGCAGAAAUACAAUGGACAGUAUGAUAAUCUUUUAUAUUUUUUUAAGUUUAUGUAUGAUAAAAUUCAUUCUAUGUACAAUCACAACAAAUUACAGGCUUAUAAAAGACCACUUGCAUAAUCAUGUCUUUCUUAAUUCGCAUUAAUACAUUUGUUUGCAUUUAAUUAAAUACCAAUAAUAUUUACAUGUUUCGACAAAAAUUUAUUCUAAAAAAUUGGAAUACAUUAUCUUAUAAUUAUAUAAUAAACACAUUGAAUUCAAUAUAACUUUACAAAAUUUUAAGAUAAUUAUAUAUCAUAAAAUUAUCUGAAUAUUUCAAGAUUCUUAGUUUCCAAAAAUAUGUAACAAAAUAUCACUCAUAUUUGAGACCUGAGUAUUGUAAUUUUCUUUUUGUACAAAAAAUGUAACAAAAAAUUAAGAAAAUUUUUUAAAUAUAUAAAAUAAAUAUGCUACAGUC